AAGUGGCUUUUUACGUUCACGCAAUAGACACGAGAGGUGUGGAAGACAGGACAGGGUGCAUAGAAUGUCUGUGUGAUCUGUAUAAUGUAACCGUUGAUGAGUACGGUCGUGCUAUAAAGCCCGGAUACAAAGGAGGGUUAUACUGCUGCUACGAUAAGACUCAAUGUCGGGUGAAAAGUGGAUUUGACAAUGGGGAGAAAACAAGAAAUCUGUAUUUGAAGUAUACCUUGAGAUGGGUUGAUUGGGACAACACGGUUUUGCCCGCUAAAAUUUAUAUUUUCGAUGUUACAGAUUCUUGGAAAAAAUCAGUAGGAGAUAGCCAAGAACAUAAUUGCAAAGUGGAAUACGAUGUGGAACCGUGCAAAACCAAUGGCGAUGGAUGCAUUGAUGUUAAGAAAAAGAGCUUAGUGAUGCCAUUUAAUGGGUAUAUUGUCUACGGUGUAGCUCACCAACACGCGGGCGGUAUCGGUGCUGCUCUGUACCGAGAGAGCGGUGAAGGAAUAUGUACUUCGAUGGCCAAGUAUGGAAAUGGAGUUGAACCUGGAAACGAAGCUGGUUACAUUGUUGGAAUGGCGUCUUGUUAUCCUGCUGAUCCAGUGAAAGUGAGCUAUGGAGAGACAUUGACUAUGGAGUUUAAUUACAGUAGUGCCGUUGGUCAUACGGGAGUUAUGGGACUCUUUUACAUCCUCGUUGCGCAGCAGUUGCCUGAACCAGAGCUCUCCUUGCCUAAUCUUUUUCAGGAACCUGCGAGAAGUGUGAGCGUUUUAGCAUUUUUGGCUGUGACGGUGGUGGUGGCGGUAGUGGUUCUAAUAGCCGCCGUUGUAUACAGAAGACAGAACCGGGAAGAUGGUUACCAAUCUCUUAGUACAUGAAGAAAGAGUAAAACCAUGUCGACGACAUGUUUUUCAAAGUUAAUUUUGUUUGUAUACGAAGAAUUGAAAAUAAGGACCACUUUGUUGUCGUCAUCUUCCUCUGAUGUGAUAUUUCUGUAACAGUUACGUGUAAGAAGAACUUUGCUUUGUCAAAUACAUCACAUUCACACAAUAUAUCAAUGGUCUCUACCACACACAACAUGUAUUCGUUUCAUAUA